AUGAAGACUCUUUCGGGGAUAUUUACCUGUUGUUGUAUUGGACUGUUUUUUUCUGGUGUCCUGUGUUGCCCCAGUUCCAGUGAUGAAAGGAGCUCUCGGCCAUCACUGGUACCAGAAGGGGAAGCCUCUGGGCCACUUCCAAUGUUGUUGUUUUCCCCAGAUGUAGAAAAUGGCAAUGCUGUGCUACCUCCUCUUUUCAAAGUGCUGACUGGCCACAGUCAUCAAGAAGGGAAUGAUGGUGCCUCGAGACCACGACCUGACUCCAGAGCUCUGAGCUACAUGAAAAGGCUAUAUAAAAUGUUUGCUACUAAAGAAGGGAUCCCAAAGGCUAACAAAAGUCAUCUCUAUAACACAGUUCGGCUCUUCACACCACGUGCUGAGUGCAAGCACCCCACGGAAGGCCAAGUGAGAGGAGACCUUCGCUCAGUGGAUUUACUUUUCAACUUAGAUUGUGUAACUGCUUUAGAGCGCUUAUUCAAGUCAGUCUUGCUUUACUCAUUGAAUAAGUCAGUUUCUAAAUCAUCAGCUAUUAUAUGCACAUGCAAUCUAGUUAUCAAAGAACACGAUUCCUCCAAUGACGUGUGUUCCAGUGUUCCACAUACAAUGACUGUUGAACUCAGAAGGAGGUGGGUUGAGAUUGAUGUGACCACUUUUCUCCAGCCUCUGAUGGCCUCAAACAAGAGAAGCAUUCAUGUGGCUGUGAAUUUCACUUGCCUGAAAGAUAACAAGCCCCUUGAGUCUAAAUGGAAUUUGGAAACACCUUCUCUUCUUCUGUAUCUCAAUGACACCAGUGAGCAAGCUUACCACAGGAGGGAUUUGAAUCCUGUAUGGUCUGGGUUGAAAAACACUCCUUUCACAGGCCACAGUUACGAAACAGGGACAGUAGCCGCACAGACUGAAAGAGCAUCUCGGCAUCGAAGAGAUGAUGAGGGGAAAGUGGAGCGCACACCUGUUCCACUCUAUAAUUUAAGUCACUUCUACCAACAGUUUCUCUUUCCCCAAAAUGAGUGUGAACUUCAAAACUACUGGUUGAAGUUCAGCCAGCUGAAAUGGGACCAAUGGAUAAUUGCACCACAUAGAUACAAUCCUCGCUAUUGCAAGGGUGAAUGUCCAAGAGUGGUCGGGCAUCGCUAUGGCUCCCCUGUCCACACGAUGGUCCAGAACAUCAUCUAUGAAAAGCUGGAUUCUUCUGUUCCCAGGCCCUCCUGCAUUCCUGCUGAAUACAGCCCACUGAGUGUCUUGAAGCUAGAGAGUGACAGAUCAAUCGCCUACAAAGAAUAUGAAAACAUGAUAGCUACCAAAUGCACUUGUCGGUAA